AGGCGAGUUAAUCGGGUCGGCGGCCUCAAGACUCUUCCUCCGUGGAGCUUGUUUGGGUUUAAUCUUGAGGUUGCAGGCGCCCGCCCGCCCGCUUGCGGGCCUCGCGGGACAGAGAGGGAAGCGCCGGUGCUUGUGCCUGGCGCCUGCCGAGUCCCCGGCGCUCGCCCGUCCGCGCCGCUGCCCGUGGCGGCCGCGUCUCUGAACGGCGGGGUCGUGUUUGUGUUUGACCCGCGGGCGCUGGCGGCGUGGCGCGCGGCCGAAGCCGGUGCCAGCGGGGCGGGGCCCGGCGCGGCGGAGGCGGAGGAAGACGGAGCGGGAGUCCGGGAAGGCCCGGCGGCGCCAUGGAACUGGGCCCGGAGCCCCCCCACCGCCGCCGCCUGCUCUUCGCUUGCAGCCCCACGCCUGCGCCGCAGCCCACGGGGAAGGUGCUGUUUGGCGCGUCGGCUGCUGGCGGACUGUCCCCUGUCACCAACCUGACGGUCACCAUGGACCAGCUGGAAGGGCUGGGCAGUGACUAUGAGAAACCAAUGGAAGUGAGAAAUAACAGCAGUCUACAGAGAAUGGGCUCCUCGGAAUCGACUGAUUCAGGUUUCUGUCUAGAUUCUCCUGGGCCCUUGGACAGAAAAGAAAACCUUGAAAUUUCCCUGAGGAGAAUAAAUUCCCUACCUCAGAAGCUCUUGGGAUGUAGCCCAGCACUGAAGAGGAGCCACUCUGAUUCUCUAGACCAUGACAUCUUUCAGCUCAUCGACCAGGAUGAAAAUAAAGAAAAUGAAGCAUUUGAAUUUAAAAAGCCAAUAAGACCUGCAUCUCGUGGCUGCCUGAAUACUCAUGUUCAUGAGGAGAGUAAAGAUCCCUUUACACACAGGCAGAAUUCAGCCCCAGCUCGGAUGCUAUCUUCAAAUGAAAGUGAUAUUAGUGAAUCAGGAAAUUUCAGUCCUCUUUUUACACCCCAGUCACCCGUGAAAGCCACUUUGUCUGAUGAGGAUGAUGGCUUCAUAGACCUUCUGGAUGGAGAGAAUAUGAAGAAUGAUGAGGAGACCCCAUCGUGCAUGGCAAGCCUCUGGACAGCUCCUCUUGUCAUGAGAAGACCUACAAACCUCGCCGAUCAGUGCAGACUGUUCGACUCCCCUUCCCCGUGCAGCUCCACCAGCAGCAGCUCCAGCACUCGGGCAGUGUUGAAGAGAACAGAUCGAUCUUGUGAGGCAUCUCCUCGAGGCACAAAGAGGAGGAAGAGCAUGGCCAGUCCUAUGAAAGCAGAUGUUCAGGAGCCAAGCCAGCUCCUGCACCAGUCUCUAUCCCCGAUGUCUUCCCCCAAAGGAACCAUUGAGAACAUUCUGGACAGUGACCCAAGAGACCUUAUAGGGGAUUUCUCCAAGGGUUAUCUCUUUCAUACAGUCUCUGGGAAGCAUCAGGAUUUGAAAUAUAUCUCUCCAGAAAUUAUGGCAUCUGUUUUGAAUGGCAAGUUUGCCAAUCUCAUUAAAGAGUUUGUUAUCAUUGACUGCCGAUACCCGUAUGAAUAUGAAGGAGGUCACAUCAAGGGUGCCGUCAACUUGCACAUGGAAGAAGAGGUUGAGGACUUUUUACUCAAGAAACCUAUUGUGCCUACUGAUGGCAAGCGUGUCAUUGUCGUAUUCCACUGUGAAUUUUCUUCUGAAAGAGGCCCUCGAAUGUGCCGAUAUGUGAGAGAAAGAGAUAGGCUUGGCAAUGAGUACCCCAAACUCCACUACCCUGAGCUGUAUGUCCUGAAGGGGGGAUACAAGGAGUUCUUUUUGAAAUGCCAGUCUCACUGUGAACCCCCCAGCUACCGACCAAUGCACCAUGAAGACUUUAAAGAAGACCUAAAGAAGUUCCGCACCAAGAGCCGGACCUGGGCAGGGGAAAAGAGCAAAAGAGAGAUGUACAGUCGCCUGAAGAAGCUCUGAAGCCAAAUGGCAGCAGCCUGAGCUUUCCUCUGCCCUGUCCCUUUUCCCUUUGCUGCAAAGCAGUAAGCAAAGGGGCCAGCUAUACGGUACCUGGAGAAAGACCUGGGCCUUCCAUUCCUUGAAUCUGUCUCCUACGCUCCCAGGGUGGAGCCCAGGCCAUCCUACCGUUACACUCUUCUGUAAGAGUCCUUCCCCGUCAGGACUGUCUGCCAAAGCUGGACAAGCACAGCACAGGCUGGAGUCUAUAGUCUGGAACACUGUGUUAGGCUGCUCUGACUGAAGAAGUACCUGGCCUUAUUGGGCAGACCUUGGCCUGCCCGUCAUGAGGAGAGAAAAGCCACCCAGGUGCUGCUGGCCACAUACCAAAGAUAGUCCGGAAGGGAGGGGUCCUCAUGGAUGACUCUUUAAUUUAUUCCGCUUCAUCAAUUAUUUUAUUAUUGUUUUAAUUCAAGACUUUUACUUUUCUGCUUCAUUAAGUCAAAAUACUGCCAUUCUAGGUAGAGUUUUAUCAUCCUAGGAACUACCUCUACUUUUAAUUAAAAAAAAAAUGGGGCAGGGAUAAGAAAAAAGGCAAACCUGUUAAGUUGUGGACAGCGCAAGGAGCUUGGUCACCCCUAGGAGGCGCUGCAGACUAAUAUUGCUGCUACUCAAAGUCAAGGACUGAGAUGCUGGUAAGAGCCUGCGCCAGAUCCAGGCUUGGCUACAGGACAUAAGCUAACCUUCCCAGACCUACUUCUGCCCUUUGUGAUGUCCCCCAGGGAAAGUCUUGUCUCCGCUCCUCACCCCAGAUCCCCAUGACAGUGGCUGGUGUAGGAGUCACAGGAAGGCACUUCAGGCAGCUUCCAUCAGGCCAGUACUGGAAUGCUGUAGUGUACCCCAAGGUGGGGGAGGGGAGGCAUGAAAGAGUGGAGUCCACAGAGUGAGGGAGGAGCAUGCCCACUGAAUGUCCUUUAAAAAAAAAAAGUCAUGAGUCAGAGUAUCCAAUCAGUGUUGGGUGGGCAUCCAAGGGUGAGCAGAAGGCAGAAAGCCCAGGCCAUUAGGUGGGAGGAGUAUGGAUCCUGGCCUACAGACGACUGUAGAAUUUCUCAGGAGGGCGUAGUAAAUUUUGAAGUCAAAUGUUCUGAGUUUAUCAUGUUUUAAUUUGAGGGUCAGAGAGUGGUGUAUCACAUCAGUUACCCCCUAAUCUAACCCCAUGGAAGUGAGGCUCUCAGGAACGCCUCCCAUCUGAGGGGCCAAGCUGCUUUGAUUCUACACAGCCUGUUUUGGUUCCUGCCCGUCGAUAUCCUCGGGCACCGGCCUCCCCGCCAUCUUUGCUCCAUUGGGGUCUAGCCAGGUUUUCCUUAGGAAGAGUCUCCCCUCUUACCUCUGCUUUCUAUUCUGCGGGUGGGAAGGGAAUCAGUGAUGUUGAAGAUGGCUAGUUGCUUUGUUAUGGGUUUGAGUUGCAUUUGGCUAUUAAACAAAUCUUGUUUGAAAAUAUGUGGAGAGCAAGGGAAUGAGCAGCCCCUUCCCCAGUGUGUUGAAGUAUGUCCCAGUUGGUCCCUGGUCUGGUUUGUAGAGAGUCUGUUAGUUGAAUGCCUUCAAGGAGAAUGGCUUUCAGAUUGUACCAGCUUAGCUAGCAUUGUUAACCAACCAUUGCAGGCUCUGCAAAUAAAAGUGAUCUUGAACCCGUG